AGGAGGAGAAGGACCGUCAGUCUCCGCUGUGGUUUUUUUUUUUUUUUUCGUUGCUGUCAAUGGCUUUCGGGACUGAUUUUAUUUGAAUGUCCGGGCUUUUCAAGUACCAAUAAUGGAUAUUCUAUGGAUAUUAUGGACCAUACCGGUCGUUGUAGCUGUUGAAGAGACACUUAUGGACUCCACCACAGCUACGGCGGARCUCGGCUGGACGGUCCAACCGGUGUCUGGGUCGAGUGACAACAGUUGGGAGGAGGUGAGCGGUUAUGAUGAAAACAUGAACACCAUCAGGACGUACCAGGUGUGUAAUGUUUUUGACAGCAAUCAGAACAACUGGGUACGGACAAAAUACAUCCGACGACGUGGCGCACAGAGGAUCCACGUGGAGAUGAAAUUCUCCGUCAGGGACUGCAGUAGCAUCCCCAACGUUCCAGGCUCCUGUAAAGAAACUUUUAACCUUUAUUACUAUGAAUCAGAUUCUGACACAGCCACCAGAACAUCUCCACCAUGGAUGGAAAACCCAUGGAUUAAGGUUGACACCAUUGCAGCAGAUGAGAGCUUCUCCCAGGUGGACCUUGGGGGCAGAGUGAUGAAGAUCAACACUGAAGUGCGAAGCUUCGGUCCCGUGUCGAGAAAUGGCUUCUACCUGGCCUUCCAGGACUACGGCGGCUGCAUGUCUCUCAUUGCAGUUCGAGUCUUCUACCGGAAGUGUUCUCGAAUCAUCACUAACGGGGCAUUGUUCCAGGAGACGCUGUCAGGAGCGGAGAGCACCUCGCUGGUCUCUGCAAGGGGUGUUUGCAUCCCCAACGCAGAGGAGGUGGACGUGCCUAUAAAGCUUUACUGCAAUGGAGACGGAGAAUGGAUGGUGCCCAUCGGACGCUGCAUGUGCAAAGCCGGGAACGAGGCUGUGGAAAAUGGAACCGUUUGUCGAGCCUGUCCGUCUGGAUUUUUCAAAUCAACUCAAGGAGACGAGCCCUGCAUGCAGUGUCCCAUCAACAGUCGGACCACGAGUGUGGGUGCCAUGAACUGCAUUUGCCGCAAUGGAUACUAUCGCACCGACUCUGAUCCUCUCCAGAUGCCUUGCACAACGGUCCCAUCGGCUCCGCAGGCUGUGAUCUCCAGCGUGAAUGAAACGUCUGUGAUGCUGGAGUGGAUGCCUCCUCGAGAUUCGGGGGGCCGCGAGGACGUAGUCUACAACAUCAUCUGCAAGAGCUGUGGCGGAGGUCGAGGAGGGUGCACCCGCUGCGGCGACAACGUUCAGUUUUUACCCCGUCAGCUCGGCCUGACAGAAACCCGGGUGUACAUUAGUGACCUGUUGGCCCACACGCAGUACACGUUUGAGGUGCAGGCUGUCAACGGGGUGUCAGAUCAGAGCCCCUACUCUCCUCAGUACUCCUCAGUCAACAUUACCACUAACCAAGCUGCUCCAUCCACUGUAUCUAUAAUGCAUCAGGUCAGUCGCACUGUGGACAGCAUCACCCUCUCCUGGUCCCAACCAGACCAGCCUAAUGGAGUCAUCUUAGACUACGAGCUACAAUAUUAUGAAAAGGACCAAUCAGAAUAUAACUCCUCCAUCAUCAGAAGCCAGACCAACACGGCAAUCAUCCGUGGGCUCAAGCCAGGAAGCAUCUACGUGUUCCAGGUCCGGGCCCGCACCGUAGCUGGGUUCGGACGCUACAGUGGCAAGCUGUACUUCCAGACCAUGACGGAGGAGGAAUAUAACACAAGCAUUCAGGAGAAACUGCCACUCAUCAUUGGCUCGGCAGCGGCAGGAUUGGUGUUCCUUAUUGCUGUGGUUGUCAUCAUCAUCGUUUGCAACCGGAGGCGUGGCUUCGAGAGGGGUGAUUCAGAAUACACAGACAAACUGCAGCACUACACCAGUGGCCACAUGUCUCCAGGAAUGAAGAUUUACAUUGAUCCGUUCACAUAUGAGGACCCAAAUGAGGCUGUGAGGGAGUUUGCCAAGGAGAUUGAUAUAUCCUGCGUGAAGAUUGAACAGGUCAUCGGUGCAGGAGAGUUUGGAGAAGUGUGCAGUGGUAAUCUAAAGCUUCCGGGCAAAAGAGAGAUGUUUGUAGCCAUAAAAACUCUGAAGUCCGGCUACACAGAAAAGCAGAGGCGGGACUUCCUGAGCGAGGCCAGCAUCAUGGGCCAGUUUGACCAUCCUAACGUCAUUCAUCUGGAAGGCGUGGUCACCAAGAGCAGUCCUGUAAUGAUCAUCACCGAAUUCAUGGAGAAUGGAUCUCUUGACACGUUUCUCCGACAAAACGACGGGCAGUUCACGGUGAUCCAGCUUGUUGGUAUGCUGCGUGGCAUCGCUUCAGGCAUGAAGUACCUUGCCGACAUGAAUUACGUGCACCGCGACCUUGCUGCCCGAAACAUCUUGGUCAACAGCAACCUUGUGUGCAAAGUGUCAGACUUCGGCCUCUCACGCUUCCUGGAGGAUGACACGUCAGAUCCUACUUACACAAGUGCUCUGGGAGGGAAGAUCCCUAUCCGAUGGACUGCACCAGAAGCAAUCCAGUACAGGAAAUUCACCUCUGCCAGCGAUGUGUGGAGCUAUGGGAUCGUCAUGUGGGAAGUCAUGUCCUAUGGAGAGAGGCCUUACUGGGACAUGACCAAUCAAGAUGUCAUCAACGCCAUAGAACAAGACUAUCGACUGCCCCCACCUAUGGACUGUCCCAGCGCGCUGCACCAGCUCAUGUUGGACUGCUGGCAGAAGGACCGCAACAACCGGCCCAAAUUCAGCCAGAUUGUCAACAACCUUGACAAGAUGAUUCGCAAUCCCAACACAUUAAAGGCCAUGACUCCUUUAUCUUCAGGUGUCCAUCUCCCUUUAUUGGACCGUAGCAUCCCAGACUUCUCCACCUUCAGCAGCGUGGACGAGUGGCUGGAUGCCAUCAAGAUGGGCCAGUACAAAGAAAACUUUGCCAAUUCUAACUUUUCCACAUUUGAUGUGGUGUCUCAGAUGACCAUGGAUGACAUCCUGAGGGUCGGUGUGACUUUAGCAGGCCAUCAAAAGAAGAUCCUGAACAGCGUCCAGAUGAUGCGGGCACAGAUGAACCAGAUCCAGUCAGUGGAGGUUUGACCCUCCUGAGAGGAGCAGAGGGGAAAGAAGGCUGUUAGGACACGGGGCUCGGGAUGUGGAGGACGGAGUGGAUUUUUUUUCUCCCGUUCUUUUUUUUUUUUUGCGUGACAGUUUGUCUAGUCUUCCCACCGGGCUCCCAUCAAGCCCCCAUUCCCCUCUCCUGUUCCUUCUCUCCUCCGUUUCCCUCCCUUGUGACCACACAAGUCUGUGUGAGGAAGAAUCCAGGCGGACCACGGCGAAGCCCCAUCUUCAGAGCCAGAAACACGGGAGGUUAGAAGUGACCAGCAACUCGUUUUUCACUCUUCCACCACUUUUAUUUGUUUUUCAGCAUUUAUUAUUAUUAUUAUUAUUAUUAUUAUUAUUAUUAUUAUAGUUUUGUUGGUUCUGAUGAUUUUUUGUAAAGAAUUUUUUAAAGAAGAGAGAAAAAACUGAUAAGUAAAAAAAGGAGUUUAUCUAAAUUUAUAGAUGAUAUAAAGUUGUACAUUAGAUGAACUGAGUAGGAAAGCUACCCUUUAAAAGGGCAACAACAAAAAAAAAAAAAGAGAAGAAGAAGGAAGAGUUGGGGAGAAUGUCCUCAAGGUGUGAAUAUUGUCGUUGUUUUUAAUGGACAUUAUGUUGGAAACACAGAGUUCUCUGUGGCCUUCUGCAAGACAAACUAGGAAGAACUGGGAACUCUACAAACUCAUCCAAGUGGUUCCACAGGUAAUAUAAUAAAAAAAAGAAAUAAAAAAAUGAACUGAACAUUUUGUGGCAUAGACUGAUGUCUAAACCACAAUAAAUCAGACUGCCAAUUUAUGCAGUGAAAUCAGUGCUAAAGAAAAGGAAGAAGACGACAAAACCUUUUUUCGUCACUGCAAGAAAUUUUCUAUAUUGUUAAUAUUUUGUGAUGAAGAUCCCCUCCUACCAUGCUUCCACUCACUAAAGACUGGUUUGCUUUUUUUUUAAAUGUCUUUCACCAUGAAAUAUUCACAGUUUGCCAAAUAGAACUUUUCCUCUUCACACCUUAGACCUGAUCCUGUACUGUACAUAUCAGAUGCACUUGAUCUGUUGUAACACGACAACUCAGAGGUAGGCUUUUUUUUAAGUGAUCAGUUCAGGAGCAGAACAACUGACUGCAGAGACGAUUUACAAAGUUGUCAUCUUAAGUUGCUUAAGUUUCUUACUGUAGCUUGUGAGAAAAAAAAACUUGUGGAAAAAGGAAAAAAAAAACUAAAUGAAGAAAACAAAAAAAAUAAGAACUGUUCUUACUUCCCGCAGAGAUUUUCACAGUUGAAACAACUGCUUUCAUCAGACUCGACGUACAUUUAAAAUGUUUCAUCACAGAAUUCUCCCUUGUGCUUUUUAAUUUAUUUUAUUUUUCUCUAGUGCYGUCUGUUCGUCCAUGCACAUGUUGUGCACUCACAACACGGGCAUAAAGAAGCAGUGGCUCCCAAAGUGUCAGAACUUUGUGUUUGAUAGCAUGCUGAGUGAGUGCUUAAUUUCACAGUGCUUUGAUUUAAUGCGAUUACUCAAAUUCUGUUUGCWGAUAACUUGGGUUUGACUCGCUUGCAUUGUAGUCAACAUUAUUUUAUUUUUCCUUUUUGAAAAGACGUGUUUAUGUUUUGAUUGUUCCAAGUUUCAGUACCGCACACCGUUGUUUUACAUUCACACAUCAGGUGUUACAAUUAGAUGUUCGUGUUCUAUUAUUGCAAUUUCUGUAUGGGUAUCAUGGAACUGAAYUGCAUUUCUUCUGCACUGAGUCUAUACUUGUCUGACUCUCUGGAUCUUCCAUCAGUGCUUCACAUUUAUUUUUGAAAGAAAAAAAAAUUGAAUCAUGUUGGUGCACAAAACAAUGUAGAUAAACAGUUUCACUUUGUAAAUGCUCUUGGAUUUGUCCAACCGUUUUCCUUUUUUUUUUUUUUUUUUUUUUUUUUUUUUGGUUUGCAGCGGUCUCAGCAGUCACAAUGAGUGAGGUGGGGUACACUCUGGACAGGUCACAAGUCCAUCACAGGGACAMAUAGAGACAACACUCUWACCCACACCUAGGGAAUACUUGGAGUUAUCAAAACGUACGUGCAUGUUUUUGGUCUAAGGGAGAAAAAUGGUAGAAUGUGCAAACUCCACCCACAAGGACCCCCCCGGACUGGGAGGCAAUCCUGCGACCUUCUAACUCAGAGGCAACAGCUUGAGCCACUGUCUUGGUUUUUACUUUCUAGGAACUUUGUAUUCAUUUUGAUGUUUUUUCUUGUGAGAACUGUUGCCUCAUGAGGRCAGAGCUGCCUCAACUCUUUGUGUCGCAGCCUGUAACCUGUCGUACGGCUUCUUUACGGAGGAUUAUGGAGUCUAUGUUGAUCUAGUGAUUCUCCAGAGAUGGUGAAUCAGACAGAGGGGUUAUGCACACAGGCAAUAAAUGAUAAUCAGCAAUGCAGAAAUCCUGCUGGGCUGCACUCCCGAGAACCCAGCAGACAUACACGGAUGUCCAGCUGUGAGCUAUCGGUCAGAUGUGUCUGAUCGCAGCAGGACGACUGCCCCCCGAUCACAGCCGCUCUGCCCAGGCACCGUUUCCCCUCUGUGUCCUCCUGGUAACACACGCCUGUCGACCACCUGUCAGCGGCUUCCUCUGAUCUGCUCGCAGUCGGCUUUCGCCAGUUGUCCGGUUUUGUCUCAGCGCGUUUGAGCGCAUUAACCGCAGCAGGCGUAUUGACAUUCAACAGCAGGACAGUUGUGUCGUGUCUUGUCUCGAUGCUCAUGCCGCUGAGAUUCCUCCUGACUGGACGACGCUUCCACGUCUGCGCCAACCAAAUCCUCGGAUGCUGACCUGAGUUCUUAUAUUGAAACUGUAGUUGGCUUUAUCGCUGAAACCUUUCUCUAAAAAAAAACAAUAUAAACCUCAAAAACUGCAGCACUAUCAGUCUAUCUUUUAUUGUUUCCAGCUGUCAAAGUCAUUUCCUCUGUCUUUGCUUCACAGUUCACUGCUUGGUUUACAUUACCUGCAGUAAGACACAUUAUAGCUAAUAUUACCUUGGAAUCUUUUUCUACCAUGUUGUAGAAAAUCAAACAAGGAAAAUCACGAGUCAAAAUCAGGAAUCAACCAGAAAUGGAUGCUUUGACAUUAAUGUUUUGUGUUUUUACUGACCUUUACCUUGUCUCCUCGUCUCCAUUUCUCAGUACGGAAUGGCUCCCAGUUUUUGGCGUAUCUUCUCGUAGCAUGAAAAAUUCUCUGCCAUCAGGAAAAGCACUUAAUGUGCGAGAAAUUAAUCUCAAGUAUGCACAUGGCUGGUGUUUCUUUCUUUCUGUCCUUUUUUUAUUUUUUUUUUGCUGAAGGCUCAUUAAAACUCAUUCGGAUGCUUGUCCGUGGAUGCUGCCAAGACUUCUGAGUUAUUAAUCAAGCAAUUAUCCUUGACAUUUGCUUUGAGGAAUUACCUUAAACAGGGUGUGCCGACUGUGGUAGAGCUGAAUAUUGCCGAAAUUAAUUUUUUWAAUCAUAUUCACUCUUUUUUUUGGCUGAAAGCAAAUUUAUUUUUCUUUGAAUAAUCUGAAAAAAUAUAAGUUGUUUAAUUGUGGAGUGAUUAGUAAGAUUUUUUUUUUGUUUCUUCUUAUAAUUCUCAUUCCACAGAAGAGACCUAAUGUUGUUCAGGCUGAGCAAUGAAUUAUAAAUGGGCCCUCGUGUUUAACUUAAGCAAUUGAAUAUAAAAAAAAGCAUAAAAAUGUGCAACUGAUUCAACUGUUACUAAAAUAGGAUUCACUCUCUGCUGUUAUUAUUUAAUUCCUACAGGGUUCAGACAUGCAGAUGGACAUAUCAGAUGAUUUGGUCACUUGGAAAGUUAAUGAUUUGUAUAAAAGAAAAUAAUUUACGUUUUAUUUGUUUUACUUGCUUAUUCGCUUUAACAGCUUUUGGUUUUACAAACUUUCCACAGACAUAACUUAUAUAACUUGUAGUAAAAUGUGCCAUUUACACAUGUCGUCUUCGGCUUCCAGCUUUUCAGUUUUCUUCUCAGAAGCAGUGUGGCAGUGAGUGAUGCCUCUGGUGAUUUUACACAUUUGCCAACUGCAUUUGAUUUUAUUUAUUUAUUUUUGUUUUUUUUUACAAAGACAGUGUAUUAUUUUCCCCUCUUACAUCUGUGAUGCAGUGUAAAAACUACAGCUCCCCCACCCUCGUGUGCCAAUUUUUUAAAGGACAGAGGAGAACCACUGUGGUUGAGCGUUCGAGCUACGUGACAGCGUCGAAAACACGAGCCGUGCCCCGCUGCACCCGACCGGGCUGCAUCUGAACACGACCCAGCUACCCCAGGGUCAGAGCAAGAAUCCUGUCUCCUCUUGUGGCAACUAGAAAAUGGCUCCUGUUUGGCUGCAGAGCGAAGCGCCAGGGCGCCCUCUGCUGGCGAGGUGUUCCAACGUUGUUAUGAGUUGGAUUUUCAGCUCCAUUUGUUUUGUGAAAACAGCAGCAGGCAGAUCUCCUCUGUUUGGGAGACUUCAGCUGCUGAUGGACAAAUAAUGGCUGCUGCUAAGAGCAAGUCUGUGUUUUUCUUCUCCCCUCUGUUGAACAAACAUUCAURCCACUACGGUGUCCUGUGUAAACUAUGUGUUCUCCUCUAUUGCUCCCACCUUACCUCUACAUGUCCCAAACCACCCCCUCCCCACUCCACCACCACCACUAGCACACUGGCUCUUGGUCAGUCCAGUCAGGGGAUGUCUACUCUGUUAAAACCCACAUAAUAGACCAGUGCCGGUUCAGACCACUGUGACUGAUGUGGGAGAUCCUGUAUUUCUGUAUAAAUGUAAAUUGACUGUAACCCUGUGAAUGAUGUAACAAUUUCAUUAUUUGUAAUAUUGUCAUGGUUUUAUUUUCUAAAGUUGAAAAGCCCAACUUGACUCUCCUCAAUAAAAAAAUAAGAUCUGUUAUAAGAAAAA